AUGUCCAUUACUAGGGUGGCGAAAGUAGAAACCAUGGCUCAUAACCGCCGCAGCUCUACCCAAUAUGCACUGCAGGGCAAACAGUGUGAAAGAUGCAGAAAUCAAAGUACUCCUCUGUGGAGAAACGGUCCUAGGGCUGCAAGGGAACUCUGCAAUGCUUGCGGGAUCAAAUGGGGAAACGAGCGAAGACGAGAAAUUCGGGAAAAGCGACGUCAAGGUAAUUAG